AUGACCGAUAGGGCGACAUUUGAACCUCAGGAGCCUCAGGAGCCCGAGACCGCCCUGCAUCAAGACCGCCCUGCAUCAACACCGCCCUGCAUCAACACCGCCCUGCAUCAAGACCGCUCUGCAUCAACACCGCCCAACGUCAACACCGCCCUGCAUCAAGACCGCCCUGCAUCAAUACUGCCCUGCAUCAAGACCGCCCUGCAUCAAGACCGCCCAGCGUCAAGACCGCCCUGCAUCAACACCACCCUGCAUCAACACCGCCCUGCAUCAAUACCGCCCAGCGUCAAGACCGCCCUGCGUCAAGACCGCCCAGCCACCCUGCAUCAACACCGCCCUGCAUCAAGACCGCCCUGCAUCAACACCGCCCUGCAUCAAGACCGCCCUGCAUCAAGACCGCCCUGCAUCAAGGCCGCCCUACAUUGUGACCGCCCUGCAUCAAGACCGCCCAGCGUCAAGACCGCCCUGCAUCAACACCACCCUGCAUCAACACCGCCCUGCAUCAAUACCGCCCAGCGUCAAGACCGCCCUGCGUCAAGACCGCCCAGCCACCCUGCAUCAACACCGCCCUGCAUCAAGACCGCCCUGCAUCAACACCGCCCUGCAUCAAGACCGCCCUGCAUCAAGACCGCCCUGCAUCAAGGCCGCCCUGCAUCAAGGCCGCCCUACAUUGUGACCGCCCUGCAUCAAUACCGCCCUGCAUCAAGGCCGCCCUAUACUGUGACCGCCCUGCAUCGACACCGCCCUGCAUCGACACCGCCCUGCAUCGACACCGCCCUGCAUCGACACCGCCCCGCAUCGACACCGCCCUGCAUUGCGACCAUCGUGAUCGCUCUGCAUCGCAACUGUCUGUAA